GGGACUUCGGGAGCAGAUAUGGCAGAGGGCGAGGAUGCUGAAGAGGAGACUGUUACGCAGUUUCUGAUAGGCGUUGGCCUUGAGUGCCUCAUAAAACUGUUCUCCAGACAGAAGAUAACCAUGGAUAUUCUAAAGGAGAUGACUUCAGAUAACUUGAAAGAGGCUGGGAUACAGGAGUAUGGUUACAGACAUAAGAUUAUUAAAGAAGUCGAAAAAAUGAAAGGGAUUUCAGCGUCUUCUCAACGGUCAACAUAUCAACGGAAAAGAAAGGCAAUCAUUGAACAGCAAAGCUUGAUAUCCAGAAAGAAACGCAGCGAUCAUAGAAAAAGAAACUAUCCAGUUUUUUGUCGCAAAUCCAUGUUACCAAGACCACAAAUUCAUAAGAUGACCGCCUCGACACAGACAUCCUUCCCUCCAUCACGGAAUUAUUUGUCAAGUACGAGGGAUUCAAAUAUACAUGGAAUGAUGCAAACCAUUUCUACUCAAAAUAGUCCACAAACAAUUACUUCCAACAAUUUGAUUAAUACAAUUACAACCACCUUUCCUGUCGCUAGCAAUAGUCAAUUUACAACAAGAAGUAACAACCAAACGACAUUGGAAAAUGUCCAGUCAAUAUCAACAGCCAAGCUCAAUCCACUGUCGGGUUAUAUCCAAGGCACGAGUCAGUCAAAGAAACUACCUAGCCAAUCCUUGGUCAGUCUAUCAGUCACGUCUUGUAGCACUUCCUCCUCAUCAACAUUGACUUCUUUGAAUUGUUCAUCAGUGUUGUCAUCUCCAUGUUCUUCGCAUCUAACGCUUACAUAUGACAAUGAUGACGCCAUUACAGAGGACGAAAAUAGGUUCUUGAGAUUUUACUUGUUGGCACAGCUGGGCACUGACGCUCUGAGAAUGGCAUUUGACAAUAAAGUUCCACCAUCCCUCUUGGCAUCUCAUCUACAGACUCAUAAAUGCAAACUACUGGAGAAAUGUGCCUCUCAGAGGAAAGUCCUUUUCCCAGGCGGUUCUGUAUCAACAAAAAACUUUGAUACAACUUUGCUCUAUGCUCUUUUCCGUAAUACAUUGAGUGUUACGCAGCCAUCUAACGGUUGGGGAAAUGAUCCUUUUCCUUACAAUACCUCUCUUACUGAUGACGUAGAGCGAGUAAGGAUACACAGAAACUCCAUCUGUCAUGGGAAGACUUCAAUGGAUCUAUCGAUCUUUCAAAGGAACUGGUCUGAUUUAUCAGAAGCAAUUUUUCGUCUUAGUAAUGGAUCAUUGAAAAAAGAAACCUCUUCUUUGGAGACGAGAAAAUUUGAUAAGAAAGCGAGGAAGAGUAUCAUGGAUGACUUUGAUCUUUUGAAAUAUAGAGUCUCAGAGCUAGAGCAGACUCACAUACCAGCGCACAUUAAAGAACGUCAAACAGAUGAGGUAAAACUCUGGGAGGAAGACGACGAGGUGUUUUGCGAAACUCGGGCCUAUAAAGAAUUUGAAGAAUUGAUGAAUAUUCAUAAUGUUGUCACCAUCAUUGGGGGACCGGGUACUGGUAAAACAGCAAAGGCACGCCAUUUAGCAAUCAAAUACAAAAGCGAGGGAUGGGAGAUCAUCCCGGUCAUUUGUUUAGAGGAUAUCAAAAACUUUGGACAUUCCUAUGUGAAACAGAUUUUUUUGUACGAUGAUCCAGCAGGUGUGUUUGGGUUUGAUAGGUCAAGAUACAAUUCCUUGGUAGAUUUUACAAAAACGAUUAAGCUCUUAUCAGAAAAACAAACAAAGUUCAUUUUUACUUGUAGAAAAUCAGUGUAUUAUGAGGGUAGAAAAUUAGAUCUGUACAUAUUUCAAAAUACAAUCGAUAUCGAAAACGAACGAAUAUCCCUUUUGCCAACUGAAAUGAAAGAAAUGCUCACUAUUCAUUGUGAAAAGUGCAAAGUUGAAAAGUCUGUUUAUCAAUCCCUGUCACUUAAGUCAGGAUCUGUGAUGUUUCCUUUACUAUGCAAACUGUUUUCGAAAGAAACACAAUACCAAAAAGAAGGCAAACGAUUUUUUGAAAUGCCUAAAAAGUGCCUGAUUGAGGAAUUCCAGAAAAUGAAACUUUUAAACAAGAUUCACUACGCCUCAUUAGUUCUCUGUGUGCUUUCACAGAAUAGGCUAAACAUGCAGGAAUGGAAGGAUACUGAAACCCUUAGUCACAUGACAAAACAGUUCAGGAUAGAGGGGUCACUAUCUGAUUUGCAAGUAUGCGAUGCAUUAAACCAAAUGAAUGGAACGUAUGUCAUCAAAAUUGAUGAAAUAUACGCUUUUGUUCACGACUCUAUUUUUGAAGUAAUGGCAUACAUGUACGGGAGAGAGUUCCCCGAAAUGAUCAUAUCAAAGAUGAACAGUGGAUAUAUUUCUAGAUGUGUAAGGCUCAGAACAGAUGCUAACUCAAAUCUUAAUUCAUCUGUUAUUAUUCCAAAAGAAACUUACUCUGUUCUGGCUGAAAGACUUUAUCUUGAUAUCAAAGAGAAACAGUUUUAUGAUGUCUUCCAAAAUGAAUGUUUAAAAGAGCUAUCUUUUAUACAGGUCUUCAUAGAAUAUCUACAUACUAAGUCAAACGAAGAAUUAGCUGAAGCCUUUCUGAAAGGUCAUGAUUAUGUCCCUCAUCUUAUCGCCACAGAAUUUAUUGAUAAGGUUGAGGAAGGACGCAAGUACAUUUUCGAAAGGCUCAUUGUUUGUGAAACAUACUCCGAGGUAAUGACCGAUUCUUUUAUGGUUGAAGAUGAAGAAAUGCCUGAAAAUAUAACAACAUAUAAAACAAAAUAUCAGAUUCGGGCUCUCAACUGGGUAGUUGCUUAUGGUCACGAGGAUCUUCUAAAAUUCCUUGUUGAUAAAUACAUUCUUUAUGAGCUUACUUGUAGAAAAAUAUUUGGAUUUUCCUUAUCUGAGCAAUCUCAUCUUCUUGUGCUGAGUACUUUUAGUGCAAAUUCACAAAUUACAAAGAAAUUGAUUGGAUACUUGGAGAAUAAUUGUAUUGACAAUAGUCCUAGUGGAAAAUUCGACUCACUAAAUAUCCACAUGUGUUUUACACCUCUUACUGCUGCAUGCAUAGGAUACAAUUGUGAAAUCGUAGAUGCCUUGCUUGAUGCUGGUGCAGAUAUUAACAAACGUGAUGACACGCCUGAAGGAGAUACACCACUGACUCAUGUAGCCAAACAAGGAAAUGAAAAGAUGUUGGAUCAUUUAAUAAAGAAAAAUGCCAAUAUUGACAAGAUCAAUGGUGUUAAUAAGUCACCAUUGUAUUGUGCCUCAUAUUUCGGCCAUUUCAGCGUCGUUCAAAACUUGCUUACCAACGACGCUAACAUUAACAUAUGUGAUGCUUACAAUAAAUCUCCUUUAUUUAUUGCUGCCGAAAAGGGAUUUUUGAAAAUAGUAGAAGUAUUAGUGAACAAUGGAGCAGACAUUACAAUCUGUGAAAAUAAUGAAAAGAAGACAGCUUUAUUUCAGUCUAUUAAUAAUAAUUACUUUGACAUUUCGAGGAUUCUAGUUAAAUCCGGUGUAUAUGAAAUGCUUCUAAGUAACAAAAUCAUUGAUCUGAUGUUAAGUAAAGGAUUCGAUCUGAAUGUUCUGGACAGUGAAGGUAGAACAAUAAUACAAUGGGCUAUACAGAAACAAGAUAUUGAUCUUUUUAUAAAGUUAAUUGAUCAUGGAGCUAAAAUUGAUAGUCUGUUGGAAAAUGAGAUAAAUUCCAUUUUGUCAUAUGUCUCAGUGUCGUAUGAUUUUGAUGUUUUGAAGAUUAUCUUGAAAACGUUUGACCAGCCAAGGUGUCCUGAUAUUCCUUGGAGUUAUUUGCAUUUAUUGAAAGCUUCAGCCAAAGAUAAUAUUGAAGCAGUCAAGUUUCUGUUAAACCGUAACUUCCAUUCUGAAGACCGAGAUGAAGCAAUGCAAAAAGCCUUUACUAUUGCAAUAAAUAGAGGGAACCUGGAUCUUGUUAGAACACUGGUGGUGCAUGGAGUAGACCUUAAUAUUUCAAAUGAAAAAUUUACCAACAAUUGCACUCCAUCACUUUUCUCCACAGAGAAUAUAAAUGGAGAUAAAAAAAGACAGGCUGAUUUAGGUUUUCGGGAAAAAGAAACACCAUUGCAUAUAGCAAUAAGGCGUGGACAUCCUGAAAUUGUUAAAUAUUUAGUAGAAAAUGGAGCCAAUAUUAAUUUGUAUAAUCACGAAUACAAAACACCAUUACAUAAAGCAUCAGAAUAUGGAAACACGGAGAUUAUUAUGCAACUGGUAGAACAUGGGGACAAUAUUAAUCUUGCUACGUUAUGGGAGGGCGAAGCACCGUUACAUAUAGCCUCAGAAUACGGGCAUACCGAAAUUGUUAAAUAUCUAUUAAGACGUGGGGCGAAGGUUAAUGUUUUUGAUAUCUGGAAAAAAACGCCAUUGUCUAAUGCAUCGGAAAACGGUCACAAAGAUAUUGUUAAGCAUCUAGUAGAACAUGGAGCCAAAGUCAAUGUUCGAGUCGAUUGGAAUGAAGCAACAUCAUUAUAUUUAGCAGCACAAUUUGGACACAAAGAUAUUGUUAAACAUCUAAUAGAAAAUAAUGCUAGGGUCAAUGAUUGUGAUCUUUGGAAAAACGAAACUCCAUUGCUGAAAGCAGCCCAGAAUAAAUAUAUGGAAAUUGUUAAGUUUCUUUUGGAACAUGGAGCUGAUGUCAACCUUUGUGAUCGUCGCAAGAGAACACCAUUACAUUACGCAGCACAAAACGGAUGUACAGAGAUUGUCAAACUUCUAGUUCAAUUUGGAGGCAAAAUCAAUCUUUGUGACAACUCGGACAAAACCCCAUUACAGUAUGCAGAAGAAUACAAACACAUAGAGGUCCUUCAACAUUUCAUAGAUCAUGGAGCCAAUAUUUACUUCCUGAGCAGUGGAACAAAUCAGUAUUACAUAAAGCAUACAUCUGUUAAGUGAAUAUAUUUUCAAACAUGUAACACUUAAGAGGUAGUUCACUAGAAAACAAGGCAAUAUGAAAGAAAAGGCUGCACAUCAAAUAUGACAAUUAUUUGAUUGUUUCUUGAAAAUUAUAUGUCUAUGUAGGCUAAUUUAAUUGAACAUUUGUUUGAAAAUACAUGUAACAUAAAUUUAAA